GCGCAGGUCGGACACAUUUCGGCGCUGCGCUGCUGCUGCUGCUGGCGCGGGUCAUUCUGGGAUGUGUGAUGAAUGAGAAAGUGUUGUCCAUUGUGCUGAGUUCGUCUGUAAAUAAAUAUAUUUUUGAGACCAACUGGUCAUAGGGCUCAUUUGGAAGUUUGCACAAUAACUCGCUGGUGCUGAGGGGAGCUGCUCUUCAUCUUCACCAUCAUCAUGUACGCGGUGUACCGUCAGGCUCAUCCGCCCACUGCUGUGGAGUUCGCCGUGUACUGCAACUUCAUCUCCAGCCAAGAGAAGAACCUGGUGGUGGCAGCAACCUCUCAGCUGUAUGUCUACAGGAUCAUCUAUGAUGUGGAGAGCACUUCCAAAUCAGAAAAGUCAUCAGAUGGCAAGAGCCGUAAAGAGAAGCUGGAGCAGGUGGCUGUUUUCAUAUCAGAAAAAUAAUCUUUCCAGUUUGUUUUUGAGUGGAUGUCCAUGGCCAGCGUUCAGCUCGCGGGCACCAACAGAGACGCCUUGCUCCUCAGCUUCAAAGAUGCCAAGCUCUCAGUUGUGGAGUAUGAUCCAGGCACGCAUGAUCUCAAGACGCUGUCGCUGCACUAUUUCGAGGAGCCGGAGCUGAGAGAAGGGUUUGUUCAGAAUUUGCACAUCCCCAUGGUGCGUGUGGACCCAGAGAACCGCUGCGUUGUCAUGCUGGUGUACGGCACCUGUCUGGUGGUUCUGCCCUUCAGGAAGGACACGCUGACCGAUGAACAAGAAGGCAUUGUGGGAGAGGGCACUACUGCUUGCAUGAUAAUGUUGUGUGUUUUGUGUUCAGGUGGAGUUGUGGUGUUCGCUGUGAAUUCAUUGCUAUAUCUAAACCAGAGCGUUCCUCCGUUUGGAGUGUCACUCAACAGUCAGACCAGCGGCACCACAGCUUUCCCCUUGAGGCAACAGGAGGAAGUGAAGAUCACGCUGGACUGUUCUCAAGCAUCCUUCAUCACUUCAGAUAAGAUGGUCAUCUCACUAAAAGGAGGAGAAAUCUACGUGUUGACGCUCAUCACAGAUGGCAUGAGGAGCGUGCGGGCGUUUCACUUCGAUAAGGCUGCUGCCAGCGUCCUGAGCACCUGUAUGACAACCAUGGAGGCCGGUUAUCUGUUCUUGGGCUCUCGUCUGGGCAACUCACUGCUGCUCAGGUACACUGAGAAACUCCAGGAAACACCAAUGGAAGAGGGCAGAGAGAACGAAGAGAAAGAGAAACAGGAGGAGCCUCCGAAUAAGAAAAAGCGAGUGGAUUCAACUAACUGGGCAGGUAAGGCCAGUCUGCCUGAUCAUCCUAUCUGCAGCACCCUAUUGCUAUUUCCCAUAUCAUUUCAGACUAACCCAGAGCCGGAUCUGGAGGUGGUGGUGUGCUCGGGAUUCGGCAAGAACGGAGCUCUCUCUGUACUGCAGAAAAGCAUCAGACCGCAGGUGGUCACAACGUUUGAACUUCCUGGAUGCCAUGACAUGUGGACAGUCAUUUACUGUGAGGAAAAACCUGAGAAGUCUCCACCAGAGGGCGAUAGUGAGGGUCCUGAGGAGGAGAAGCAGGAGCAAACAGUGGAGGAUGACAAGAACAAACACGGCUUCCUCAUCCUCAGCAGAGAGGACUCCACUAUGAUCCUGCAGACGGGUCAGGAGAUUAUGGAGCUGGACACCAGUGGUUUCGCCACGCAGGGUCCCACUGUGUAUGCGGGCAACAUCGGAGACAAUAAAUACAUCAUCCAGGUGUCUCCUGUGGGCAUCAGACUGCUAGAGGGAGUGACACAGCUCCACUUUAUCCCUGUGGACCUGGGCUCUCCCAUAGUGCACUGCUCUGUGGCCGAUCCCUACGUGGUCAUCAUGACAGCAGAGGGAGUGGUCACCAUGUUUGUGCUGAAGAGUGAAUCGUACAUGGGGAAGAGCCACCGCCUGGCACUGCAGAAACCACAGAUCCACACGCAAUCCCGUGUGAUUACGUUAUGUGCGUACCGUGACGUCAGUGGCAUGUUCACCACUGAGAACAAGGUCAGCUUCCUGGCCAAAGAGGAAACGUCCAUCAGAACCCAAUCAGAGUCAGAGAGCAUCAUCCAGGACAUCGGUAAUGCGUUGGAUGAUGAGGAGGAGAUGCUGUAUGGGGAGUCGAACCCUCUGAGCAGCCCCAGUAAAGAGGAGUCCAGCCGCGUCUUUGCAGCACUGAACUCCACUCAGACAGGAAGAGAGGGCAGACAGGAGCCGUCACACUGGUGCCUGCUGGUCAGAGAGAACGGAGUCAUGGAGAUCUACCAGCUUCCUGACUGGCGCCUGGUUUUCCUGGUGAAAAACUUCCCUGUUGGUCAGCGUGUUUUGGUCGACAGCUCUGCUAGCCAGUCGGCUACUCAAGCGGAGCUCAAAAAGGAGGAAGUGAUGAGGCAGGGAGAAAUCCCAUUGGUCAAAGAAGUUGCUCUCGUGUCUUUAGGCUACAACCAGAGCCGUCCUUACCUGCUGGCACAUGUUGAUCAAGAGCUUCUCAUCUAUGAGGCCUUUCCAUACGACCAGCAGCAGGCUCAGAGCAACCUGAAAGUGCGCUUUAAGAAGAUGCCUCAUAACAUUAACUUCAGAGAGAAGAAGUCCAAAAUGAGGAAGGACAAGAAGCCCGAGGGUCAGGGAGAGGAGACUGUGGGGGUCAGGGGUCGAGUGGCCAGAUUCAGAUACUUCCAGGACAUCUCAGGAUACUCAGGGGUGUUUAUCUGCGGGCCGUCUCCUCACUGGAUGCUGGUGACGUCUCGAGGGGCGAUGCGUCUUCACCCCAUGACUAUAGAUGGCGCCAUCGAGUCCUUCUCUCCCUUUCACAAUAUCAACUGCCCCAAAGGAUUCCUCUACUUCAACAAACAGGGCGAGCUGAGGAUCAGUGUGUUACCCACAUAUCUCUCAUACGACGCUCCCUGGCCUGUCCGCAAGAUCCCACUCAGGUGUACCAUCCACUAUGUGUCGUACCAUGUGGAAUCCAAGGUGUAUGCGGUGUGCAGCAGUGUUAAAGAGCAGUGCACACGCAUCCCCAGAAUGACCGGCGAGGAGAAGGAGUUUGAGACCAUCGAGAGAGAUGAGCGGUACAUACACCCUCAGCAGGAGAGCUUCUCCAUCCAGCUCAUCUCUCCGGUCAGCUGGGAGGCCAUCCCAAACACACGCAUUGAUCUGGAGGAGUGGGAGCAUGUGACGUGUAUGAAGACGGUGGCUCUGAAGAGUCAGGAGACUGUGUCAGGGCUGAAGGGAUAUGUGGCUUUGGGCACGUGCCUCAUGCAGGGAGAGGAGGUCACCUGUAGGGGCAGAAUCCUGAUUCUGGACGUGAUUGAGGUGGUGCCAGAGCCCGGUCAGCCCCUCACCAAGAACAAGUUUAAAGUGCUGUAUGAGAAGGAGCAGAAGGGGCCCGUCACGGCUCUCUGUCACUGCAGUGGAUACCUGGUGUCUGCCAUCGGACAGAAGAUCUUCUUGUGGAGUCUGAAGGAUAAUGAUCUGACCGGCAUGGCCUUCAUCGACACGCAGCUCUACAUCCAUCAGAUGCACAGCAUCAAGAACUUCAUCCUCGCCGCUGAUGUGAUGAAGAGCAUCUCUCUGCUGCGCUACCAGGAAGAGAGCAAGACGCUCUCGCUCAUCAGCAGGGAUGCAAAGCCCUUGGAGGUUUACAGCAUAGAGUUUAUGGUGGACAACAACCAGCUUGGCUUCCUGGUUUCAGACAGAGACAAAAACCUGUCGGUCUACAUGUACCUGCCAGAAGCCAAAGAGAGUUUUGGAGGCAUGCGUUUGCUGCGGAGAGCCGAUUUUAACGCGGGCGCUCAUGUGAAUGCCUUCUGGAGGAUGCCGUGCCGCGGCACUCUGGACCCCGCCAGCAAGAAGGCCCUCACCUGGGACAACAAACACAUCACGUGGUUCGCUACGCUGGACGGUGGCGUUGGCCUGCUUCUGCCCAUGCAGGAGAAGACGUACCGCAGACUGCUGAUGCUGCAGAACGCCCUCACCACCAUGCUGCCGCAUCAUGCGGGGCUCAAUCCAAAGGCCUUCAGGAUGCUGCACUGUGACCGGCGGACGCUGCAGAACGCGGUGAGGAACAUCCUGGAUGGAGAGCUGCUGAACAAGUACCUGUACCUCAGCACCAUGGAGCGAAGCGAACUGGCCAAGAAGAUUGGCACAACCGCAGACAUUAUCUUGGAUGAUCUUCUGGAGGUUGAGAGAGUAACUGCUCACUUCUGAAAUACACUGUGUAUUUGCUCACCUGAUGAUCCUCCGUUUUAUAUUUCAAUGUUUUGAUAGGAAAUGUAGAAACUAAAAUGUCAUGCUGUUUUUUUGUUGACCGUAAGAAGGAAAUGCAAUAAAGGGUAUUACAUUUCUUAGACUAUUUUGUAAAAAAAAAUAUUGAAUGUGUAUUGCAUGUUGACAUCCAGAACAAACACGGUGAUACUCUAAUGCUUUCAGUGUCAUUAUUCUUUACUUCCGUCAUAGAUCGUUCUCUGAGUGCAGCAGGACACAACUAGAGAAAAGCCGUUUUCUCUCACGCGUUCCUUAUAAAAACACUGAACUGUCACAAGAAUAACACUGUAAUCCAUAAACCAUGUCAUUGUUUUGGCAGUGCUCAUAAGGGAAGCGUGAGAGAGACAUGGUUUGGUUUUCCUUGUUUGUUUUCUGCAUAAAAUAGUGACAGACCUUUUCUUCUGUACUUUGAUUUAAGCGAGUGUAAGUUUAUU